AUGGGAGGUAUUCAUUCCCAGCCACUGGCUGAGAUCAGCAAAGAGGAUGUAGCAAGGCGUGUGGUAUCGUUAGGAGCAGAUUACCAGGUUUAUUCUCUGUUAGUGGAUGACAAUGGGAUUGAUGGAGACCUGUUGUCGGAAAUGGACGAAGACAUCUUCUUGGAAACUCUAGAUGACAUUGGCCUGGACAAUCCCACACAUCGUGCCAAGUUGCUGCAGGAAUUUCACAAGUGUACCAGUGGUUACACCAUUGAAGUACAAAAGCAGCAUCCUCAGCAACAACAACACAGUAUCCAGGAAGUCACCGUCGGCCGGCUUUUGCCACAGGACCAAGUACAACGACGAGAUUCCAUGCAAAACCCCACCUAUAAUGUGGAUCAUCCCAAUCGAGCCACUACGGAGGCCGAACAAGCUCAUUUGGCACCCAAUUUCUUCCAAAAACUGGACGCUGUGCCCGAAGCCACACGACCACCCAUUAGAAAGGACGACAUGGAUCGCGUGGCGUUGGUGGAAAGUUACCGAUUGCAAGAUAUUGAACCUGAUUCGGAUAUUGCCCAAAAAUUAGUAGGGUUGGUUCAAAUGGCCAUGAAUCUAUUUGAUGUCGAUCUUGGAGAUAUUACAUUUCUCAAUCAUGAAUGUCAAUACAGUCUGGCGCGAGUUGGAUUAACCGAGCCCAUGGAAGAGGCCAUUGUGGAUAAGGUCUAUGAGGUCAUCAAUCAUUCACAAGAUGGAAAACCCUUCCUCUGCAAAACAUCACGGUCUAUUGGGAUUUGCAAUUUUCCAACCUACUCGGGAGAGAGUUUUAUUGUGCCGGAUAUUGAACAGGAUAUUGCCUUUCAGUGGAUGCGGGUGGUGUGGCCAUUUCGAUGUUACCUGGGAGCACCGGGGGCUUUUUUUCCCCCCCUUUUCCGACCGGCGGCCCCCCCCCCCCCCCCCCGGUCCUUUCUGUUUUUUUUGGGUUUUUGGGGGCGUUUUUUUUUUUUUUUUGGUUUUUGA